AUGGCUGUACUUAAGCAUUCCCCAGGUGGUGCUAGUGGUAAAGAAUCUCCCUGCCAGUGCAGGAGAUGUGAGAGUCGUGGGUUUGAUCCCUGGGUCAGGAAGAUCUCCUGGAGUAGAAAAUGGCAACCUGUGCCAGUAUUAAUAUUUUUGACUGGGAAAUUUCAUGAACAGAGGAGCCUGGAGGGCUACAGGCCACAGGGUCCAAAAGAGUCAGACAUGACUGAGCACAAGCAUUACGGGAAUCAGAAAAUGAGGCCUCGGUUUAGGUGGCUGAGCAUCAAGAAGGAAAGGAGAAUGUAUCUGAGGAUGCAACCAACAGGCACAUUGGCUUUGAAGAAGGAAUUCAUAGGGCCUGGACUCCAUCUGAGGCCUGUCCGUGCUGAUCGUGCUGGGCCGCCUCUCCAAUGGACUAUGAACUCUCUGCUUAGUGCCUAUGGGAAUGACAAUGGAAGGAUAAGACCCCCUCCAGACAGGGGAACCUUGAAGAUCAUAUCCAGUUUACUCAUCGCCUAA